GCAGAUCCCAGCAUUCCUUGCGGCGUAGGAGGCGGUCCAGACUAUAAAAGCGGCUGCCGGAAAGCGGCCGGCACCUCAUUCAUUUUCACCGGUCUCUGGGCGUGCAGCUCCGGCUUGUGUCAUCGCUGUUCCUCCUCCGCUGCCGCCCCCGCAAGGCUUCGCCGUUGUCGAGGCCAUUUCCAGCGUCUCGUCGCACCCUUUUCUCUGUACUUCGUUCCCCGCCAACCGCAACCAUUGACGCCAUGUCAGGUUAUUCGAGUGACCGAGAUCGCGGUCGGGAUCGAGGGUUUGGUGCACCUCGAUUUGGAGGAAGCAGGGCAGGGCCUUUAUCUGGAAAGAAGUUUGGAAACCCUGGGGAGAAACUAGUUAAAAAGAAGUGGAACCUUGAUGAGCUGCCCAAAUUUGAGAAGAAUUUUUAUCAGGAGCACCCUGAUUUGGCUAGGCGCACAGCACAAGAGGUGGAAACAUACAGAAGAAGCAAGGAGAUUACAGUUAGAGGUCACAACUGCCCGAAACCAGUUCUAAAUUUUUAUGAAGCCAAUUUCCCUGCAAAUGUCAUGGAUGUUAUUGCAAGACAGAACUUUACUGAGCCUACUGCUAUUCAAGCUCAGGGAUGGCCAGUUGCUCUAAGUGGAUUGGAUAUGGUUGGAGUAGCACAGACUGGAUCUGGGAAAACAUUGUCUUAUUUGCUUCCUGCCAUUGUCCACAUCAAUCAUCAGCCAUUCCUAGAGAGAGGCGAUGGGCCUAUUUGUUUGGUGCUGGCACCAACUCGGGAACUGGCCCAACAGGUGCAGCAAGUAGCUGCUGAAUAUUGUAGAGCGUGUCGCUUGAAGUCUACUUGUAUCUAUGGUGGUGCUCCCAAGGGACCACAAAUACGUGAUUUGGAAAGAGGCGUGGAAAUCUGUAUUGCAACACCUGGAAGGCUGAUUGACUUUUUAGAGUGUGGGAAGACCAAUCUGAGAAGAACCACCUACCUUGUCCUUGAUGAAGCAGAUAGAAUGCUUGAUAUGGGCUUUGAACCCCAAAUAAGGAAGAUUGUGGAUCAGAUAAGACCUGAUAGGCAAACUCUAAUGUGGAGUGCGACUUGGCCAAAAGAAGUAAGACAGCUUGCUGAAGAUUUUCUGAAAGACUAUAUUCAUAUAAACAUUGGUGCCCUUGAACUGAGUGCAAACCACAACAUUCUUCAGAUUGUGGAUGUGUGUCAUGAUGUAGAAAAGGAUGAAAAACUUAUUCGUCUAAUGGAAGAGAUCAUGAGUGAGAAGGAGAAUAAAACCAUUGUUUUUGUUGAGACCAAAAGAAGAUGUGAUGAGCUUACCAGAAAAAUGAGGAGAGAUGGGUGGCCUGCCAUGGGUAUCCAUGGUGACAAGAGUCAACAAGAGCGUGACUGGGUUCUAAAUGAAUUCAAACAUGGAAAAGCUCCUAUUCUGAUUGCUACAGAUGUGGCCUCCAGAGGGCUAGAUGUGGAAGAUGUGAAAUUUGUCAUCAAUUAUGACUACCCUAACUCCUCAGAGGAUUAUAUUCAUCGAAUUGGAAGAACUGCUCGCAGUACCAAAACAGGCACAGCAUACACUUUCUUUACACCUAAUAACAUAAAGCAAGUGAGCGACCUUAUCUCUGUGCUUCGUGAAGCUAAUCAAGCAAUUAAUCCCAAGUUGCUUCAGUUGGUCGAAGACAGAGGUUCAGGUCGUUCCAGGGGUAGAGGAGGCAUGAAGGAUGACCGUCGAGACAGAUACUCUGCGGGCAAAAGGGGUGGAUUUAAUACCUUUAGAGACAGGGAAAAUUAUGACAGAGGUUACUCUAGCCUGCUUAAAAGAGAUUUUGGGGCAAAAACUCAGAAUGGUGUUUACAGUGCUGCAAAUUACACCAAUGGGAGCUUUGGAAGUAAUUUUGUGUCUGCUGGUAUACAGACCAGUUUUAGGACUGGUAAUCCAACAGGGACUUACCAGAAUGGUUAUGAUAGCACUCAGCAAUACGGAAGUAAUGUUCCAAAUAUGCACAAUGGUAUGAACCAACAGGCAUAUGCAUAUCCUGCUACUGCAGCUGCACCUAUGAUUGGUUAUCCAAUGCCAACAGGAUAUUCUCAAUAAGACUUUAGAAGCAUAUGUAAAUGUCUGUUUUUCAUAAUUGCUCUUUAUAUUGUGUGUUAUCAGACAAGAUGAUAGUUAUUUAAGAAACAUGGGAAUUGCAGAAAUGACUGCAGUGCAGCAGUAAUUAUGGUGCACUUUUUCGCUAUUUAAGUUGGAUAUUUCUCUACAUUCCUGAAACAAUUUUUAGGUUUUUUUUGUACUAGAAAAUGCAGGCAGUGUUUUCACAAAAGUAAAUGUACAGUGAUUUGAAAUACAAUAAAUGAAGGCAAUGCAUGGCCUUCCAAUAAAAAAUAUUUGAAGACUGAAUUAAGUGGAAAUUGUACUUUAUUUUACAUAUGUCAUGUAAACUUUGCUUAGAUGAUUUUUUUUAAUCAUGAAAACAAAUGACUGCUCCUUUUUAAUUUGGGAGGCGGUGGGGAAUCAGAAGGCCCUUCUUUACAAUGAGCUAUUCAUAUUGCUGGAGUCAAAAUGAAUUAAUUUAGGUGAAUUUUUAAUUAUGGAUAAAUUGGAUAAAAGCUUUGUUAGCUCCCAACGUCAGGGGAGUCAUUUAAUAUUCUGUUCCUUAUUUGCUAGUAUGGUUAAAUGAGAAAAUAGUAAAAUAGAUACAAAGUCAUCUGUAUAAUGUGAGAACGUGGAUGACUUUGUUUUGCAGAUUUAUAAUUUAAAAAACUCCAAAUAACUGGCGUUUUCACGAGAUUUAUAUUCAUGCUCUUGGCUAUACUGUGAAUUACUGAAAUGUUGAAUGAACCUGGGAAAGACGUUAGUCCUUUAAGAUGACCAAGAGCUAAGCCUGAGUCUCCUUGAUUGAAUUUGCACAAUGUCCUUAGUGCAGGUUGCUUGUAGAUUCUCGUUUUCACAGGCUCCCUGGGGCUCUUUUCACUUUAGUCACACUGGGAGUCAUGAAUGUCUUUCCAAUAAUUCAGGGAAUUCUAGAGAUCUUCAAACUGUAAGGUCUAUUCAUACUCUAACACUAGGAAAAAACCUCAUUAAAAUUAAUGGCUAAUCAGGAGGCAACAUAACCAAAAGCACAGUGAAUACAAGUUUUCAUGUUAGAUUCAACAUGGGUUUAUUGCUAGACCCAGGGGAUAGCUUUAGAUUUAACUUUGGCUCACCAACCUAACUUUCUGAUCAUUUAUUUCAGUGAUAGCUAGAAAUGGGUCUGAAUGUUUUCCCAGAGUCUGAGAUACGUGUCUUGCCAGAAGAGAGGUCUCGAGGACACUUCAUUUAAAUUCUGAUUAUUGGACUGAGGCUUUAAUUGUUAAUGCCUUAUGUCAAAUGUAAAGUUAGAUUUUGCUAGGUCUGGGAUGGGGAGUGAUAUUUCUAGAACUUAGACAUUGAAAACUAAUUCAGCCUCUAGUAACCUGGAUGGUUUUCAGUGGCAUGGUUAGUCAAAUUCAUGGUUUUAAACUUACAAGCAGCUUUUGUGGGAGGCGGGUAGGUUGGAGCAUUUAUUACAUAUUUUACUGUUUAAUGUCUAACCGUGGGCCUUUUAAUUUGUAAACACUGAAAUGAUUUGUGGGACUGUGGAAAACAUUUACCUAUUUACCUUUGAAGUUUUAAAAGACAGUCCACUUUUUAGCAUGUGUGUUGUGUCCAGCCUGUGGUUGUCUUAAUAAAUGUGAUUUUUCUCCCCA